AUGACAAAAGAGACCGAAUACUCUUGUACCGGCAAUGGCACCUUGAUGAAGGUAUCCAAGGAAAACCGAGUUGUCAUCCGGUACCUCGGAACGCUGGUCCUUCUUUCCCCGGGGUGUGUGUCCUGCACGGUUCGUCCUCCGGGCCAAUUCCAUGUCGAAUUGGUGCAGGGAAAGAGCGGAUCUCCAGGGAUAGUGGAUACUGGUGUGGCCGCACCGGCUCUUUUCCUGGCCCGCGGACACUACUACUCUACCUCAGCACCUCACUUGACGCUACGCUACCUACCUCACCUCACAGACCAAGCCAUCUUCAAACGUCGACUACUGAAAUGGUUUCGCGUAGUAUCUCAUCAGACUAAAGAACGCCCUGCAUUAUCCAAGAGGAAAACCAGGCGCGAAAAGGUAUGGAGGCUGAUUGUUGCGGCGCCGCGUGAUAUCCAAGUCUUUUGUGUAACUUUGAUACUCAAUUCUCGAAAAACGAUACUGUUCUCAGGCUUCGUCUCUGCUUCCCGGUACUCAUUGCAUUGCACACAGAAUGGCAGUAGUGCAGUACGACAUCAGCGCAGGCACGAAGCACUGAUUCCUCAAUCGCAUUCGCAAGACAAAGAGGCACAUCAUUUGAGGAUACGUCAGCUGGCAUCCAUGGAUAUGAGAAAUGACGGCGGGUCGCCAUCUUCAAAGGCCCUCGUCUCUUGCAAAUUCUCAUACCGCCCAAUCGUCGAGUCUCGAUGCCAACCAUCCAUCACCGCAUUUCGAUAUCGAGCCUGCAUCGCCCUCGUACAGCAAGAAAUCCCAUUAUGCUCCGGCCUGUCAAUACCAUACGUCUACGGAGCACUGUACGGAUCCCUCCAUGUCUGUUCAACCCCUGACAGCUGUGUCAUGGCAAUUGGGAUCCGCAAACUGUUAAUAAACCUGUCCCGUCGUGGGUCUUUGUCCGUGGGCCAUGCUGGGUACGCCGCCGCGAUAUCUUUCAUGUCGGUCGCACAAACCAUCCGCCCCCCGCGACCUGGCACCGCGUUCUCGGCAUCCUGUCUACAUGUGGUUCACGUCACGAACGGACAUCGAGGGGCCCUGCGACUUUCAAAGAGACAGUCCAAUUCUUCAUCUGGUGAAGGAGAGGGGAACAAAAUGAGUCUUGAGGCAAACAGGAUAAAAGUAUACUCCGUACGAGCGGCGCAUACGUCUCGAGCCUCCAACGAUCAACAGCUUCCCUCCACUUUGGGUGGUGUUCAGAUAAACUUCUCUUCAUCUGGCUCGAGUACGCUCAACAUUGUUUGUGUUGACUCCGAACCUGUGCCAGAGUUACGGGCCUGGGACGACGGAAACAUCCGUACACAUGGGCCACACGAGCUGUGGCUUUCGGACUGGCUCAGGGAUCCUAGCAGUCGAUCCCAACUGCGCCCUCCCCUGCCCGGACGCUCAACCCACACGGACGCCAUUUUAGCCUUUUUCACUCCCGUUCACACGGAUGACGGGCGGCCUGACGAGGAGACAGCAAGCGUCAGUGACGAGAGCUUGGGGAAGGGAAACGGGCUCUGCUGCCCUGCAAUUUCCAUCGGCUACAAGAACUGUCCGAUCACCCCUGCGAGAUCCCCAAACCCCAUGUCUGCUCUCGAUAUCAUGGACAUGGGCAUGGCAAAAGAAGUGGACAGCUCGACGCAGAAGCUCGCAGCUCUGUACGGCAGCUUGUUCUCGAAUGCGUGCAAUUCCGCGAGGCGAAAGGCUAUGCAUCAACCCGCAGCAUCGCCAAUGCCCGGCGAAAAUGUCGGGACUGACGCGGUUCGAGGGUACCAGCGGCUGUUGUCUAUCAUCUAUGCUCACUAUUCGACAGUUCGACACCUCCGGAUGGCGCUGGUUCCAAUGACAGCUGUUGGCAGACAGCUCGAGCGAGUCCAUCCGCGUUCGAAAAUGUUGACGCUCGAUGCAGGACGUUGUAUCCGGGCCAUGUGGACAAGGAUCUUAGGUUCCAGCUCUGCAAUGUUUCUCAACGGUUUGUCUCAGCAGUACCUAGCCACCAUUAAACGGCAUGAAGUGAGUGUGCGGCCUGUCUCCAACGCGGCGUGGACGCUCGCACCGGGUAGUAGGCAACUUGGCACGUUGUGCGGCAACGAUGCCUGCCUGACCUUGUACGAUGUUCUUGUCGGAGACACAUCAAUCCCUCUGACAUCCCAUCCAAGCAGCCGGCAGAUAUGGCCGGGUCCCUCCGAGCGCAAGACUAUGGGAGUAGUAUCCCGGUUCGAGAGUGUCUACCACUACUUGGUACAUCACUUCAUUUUGCCCAUUUUUGUCAGCCCUCCUCCCCUCGGCUGGGAGAGCAGACGUGACAAGCUGGGCUCUGAUCAUCAUUGCGUUGCAAUCUCGGGGGCCUUCAUAAAAAAAAGGUGGCUGUAUUGGUCCGGAUACAGAGUCGAGUUGCAGACGAUCGCCGAUUCCUCCGCUGCCACCAUCUACGGAUACCUUGCUGGUUGGAACAGAACAGAGCAGCGCGGCACGGCGGGUAGUACGGACGUAUGUAGCUCCAGCUGGGCUACGUAUGAGCUUGGGGGGAAAGACACCCUCGAACCCCUGCCCCUGUCUUAUGCGGAUACUGAGCUGAUGGGUACACUGUUUAACUCCAUCGUUUUGCAUUACUAG